GAUGAAACCAUUUCAUGGCACCAUUAUUAUCUAGAGAAGUCGCUGGAUAUACACUGAUUCAGUCCCAUAGUCCUACCACAGAAUAAACUGCAAACCGAAUGAACCGGGCUACAACUUCCAUUGGCGACAUCGACCAAAAUCAAUUUAUCAUGUCGCCAAGACCGCUGAUGAAGAAGGAUAUCCACAUGGCAUUUGGAAUCCUGGAACAAAGUUCGCCUUUGGGCGUUUCUGGACCACUAAAUAUCUAGUGCGACCCUUAUUUCUUGAUGACGGACCGCUCACACAUCCCUUAACUCCACUGGAUAUUGGCUGACGUUGUGUAUGGGCCCCCCGCAAUGACGUAGUUCUUUUGCGGUAGGGCUGGCACAGUGCUAUUACUACUUCACCUCUCACUCUCAGGGCUAGGACAAUAUCCUUUUCACUCUCGUUCCGAUUAACUCAAUUCCAUGCCCUCCCCUGAUCUCCGCUCUGCGCAGGGACCUAAAGCGUCCAAUCUAGAAUGAGAGUUCGGGUCCCCUCAUAACGCUUGCACUCUUCUAGCUCCUACUACCUUUCAAUUGAUUUUCUAAUUCUUCUCUCAUAACUCCUUUAUUCAGACUAUCACUAGCAUGGGACCCCACAAGGCCUCCGGGGUUGAUUCCCCGAAACACCAUAGGGUGGGAGAGCAUUAUGGCACACACAACCCGGUCCCCACUAUCCAACGGUUCCUAGAGCAUAUGGAAAGGGAUAAACAGGAUCGUAAAGCUCACGAGGAGGCUGUGACAGCGAGGGAAAAGGAAGAAGAGGCCCGCGGAGAGGCAAGCCCUCAUAAACCGCGAAAGAGGCCUGGCAAGGGAAAGACCCGUAUGGUGACAGAUCCAACGACUGGACGCGAUAUAGAGGUGGAGGAUCAGGACUCAGAUUCCAUGGAAGUGGUGAAGAACCCAAAGUUGGUAGUUCCUAAUGUCAAUCUUGGAAAACCCACGGUGAGUCCACAAUCCACACGAGUAAAAUUUCGCAAGACUGAGCUCACUCUUUAUGCAAAUCCAAAGGAUGUUAGAACCUCUCCAAGCCAAAGCCUCAAGGACUACAAAGAGAACCAAGAUAUAACAGCACCCCCGGACCCUAUCGCAGAGGGUACUACGUCCGAUGUUCCCCUACACGGAGAAAUCACCAACAUCCUAUUCCAUCCAACCCCAUCCAUUUCCUAUAAGCCGAUGUAUGAUCAAUUAGAAAGGAGAGGGACUGGACUGUGUAUAGGGAUUGUAUUUGGCAUUCUUUUCGUCGGUCGGAUGUUUGGGGGCUCACUAUGGGCUCUCCUCCCUUUGGCUGCUUGCAUCGCAAGUGGUGUGUGGCUGUGGGUACAAGAAGUCAUACGGAGUGGCCGGGAGAUGGAAUGGAGCAGUGAACAACUUAGAGGACAAAUGGCCAUUGCUAAUCUGCUACCUGAAUCUGUCGAAUGGGUGAAUUCUUUCCUUGGCAUUGUUUGGGGCUUGAUUAACCCUGACAUGCUGUCGCCGGUUGCCGAUACCAUCGAAGAUAUUAUGCAGGCGUCUGCACCGAGUGUGGUUGAAAAUGUUCGCAUUGCUGAGAUUGACCAAGGGAACAACCCAUUGCGGAUUCUGAGCCUACGAGCUCUUCCGGAUGAACAUGUGCAGCAUCUUAAGGACAACGUCCGCGAAGAGAAUCUCAAGAACAAAGACCCCGAAGAAGCCGCCGCCAUGGAAGAGGGUGGUAGCUAUUACAAUAUAGAAGCUUCCUUUGCGUACCACGCGAAGCCGAGCGGUCAGACUGCUUCGUCAAAAGCGCGCAACAUGCAUAUGCAGCUAGUCUUUUAUCUGGGUGUUAGAGGACUUUUUGGAGUUCCUUUCCCCGUUUUCGUGGAGUUGAUCGAGAUGGUCGGCACCGUUCGCAUUAGAUUUCAGCUGAUGCCUGAAGCACCCUUUAUGAAGGAUAUGACGUUCAGUCUAGUUGGAAUUCCCCAUAUCAAAGCCGGAUGCAUGCCGAUGGUGAAAGGUGGUGUUAAUAUCUUGAAUCUCCCGCUCAUCUCGAACUUUGUCAACUAUGCCAUUGGCACUGCGUGCGGUCUCUUCGCGGCACCUAAAUCGAUGACUAUGGACCUCAGUAUGAUGCUUAAAGGCGAUGACAUUCUCAAGGAGACUCAGGCAUUGGGUAUCAUGUGGAUUCGUAUCCAUCGUGCGAUCGGAUUGAGCAAGCAGGAUAGGCGGGGUAGCUAUGGUGGCGGAAGCGACCCUUAUAUAAAUCUUUCAUUCUCGAAAUACGGCAAACCCAUGUAUUGUACCAGGGUGAUCACAGACGACUUGAAUCCAGUCUGGGAAGAAACUGCAGCCCUACUUGUUAAUCCGGAACUGAUCAGUGCCGACGAGAGUCUAAGCGUUGAACUAUGGGAUUCAGAUCGGAAUACGGCAGAUGACAUCGUGGGAAAAGUAGAGCUGCCAAUCCGUGACAUGAUCCAACAUCCGGCUCGGAUGUAUCCCCAAGUAUCGAAGCUACAGGGCCUUAACGAAGGCAGUGAGAUGCCCGGUGAGCUACACUGGGAGGUUGGCUUCUUCGGGAAACCGAAAUUGCGCCCGGAGCUCAGAACUGACGGUAAGAAGAAAGAUUUACCGGAGAACCUCAGAGACAAUCCUCAAUUUCAAGAUGAGAAAGGAGUUAUCACAAAUGAGGAGGAGGAUGCUAUAACACACACGCCGCCAGAUCCGCUUUGGCCCAGUGGUAUUAUUAGUAUCAUAGUUCAUCAAAUAGUGAACCUGCAACUCGCUAAUAUCAAGGGAAGCCGGUAUCGAAGAGGAAGAGAGUAUGAGCCGGCGAAACCAUAUGGAGAGAACACAGAAGAGCAAGGAGGAGACCUGCCGACCAGCUAUUGCAAGAUUAUCCUGAAUGAUCAGCUGGUUUACCGCACUCGACCAAAAGCCGUCAGCUCAAAACCCAUAUUCAACGCAGGCACCGAGCGAUUUGUUCGAGACUGGCGUUCAGCCAUCGUUACUGUGACGGUCAGGGACCAACGGUACCGAGAACAUGAUCCGAUUCUGGGAGUGGUGCCUUUGAAACUAUCAGACAUCCUCCAAACGAGCUCGCAGGUUACCCGAUGGUAUCCUCUUGACGGCGGCAUUGGAUAUGGACGAAUUCGCAUCUCACUCCUCUUCCGGCAUGUUGAAACCAGACUACCACCAAACAUGCUUGGAUGGGACGUCGGUACAUUCGAGUUCGCCUCGGAUAAGAUCGUCGCGAAGAACUUCAACCAUCGAGCCAAGAUCAAGCUGCGGACGGGAGGCAGCAGCGGCAAAAUCCCACGAUACGUAUCCUCGAUCGAAGGACAGGACAUCUCUUUCAACCUGACUCAGGGAUCACUUCACAAAAGCAUACGACUCCCCGUAAAACACCGCUACAGAUCUCCUGUUGUAUUCGAAUUCUACACGCCAGGGAAACACAGCCCCGCCGCCUACGCCAUCCUCUGGCUCCAGCACCUAGUCGAUAACGAAGACACCCCCAUCAACAUCCCGAUCUGGUCAACGAAGAACGGCAAGCGCCUCACCCAGAACUACAUCACCGAAGACAACUGGGAAGCCAAACGCGAACCGGGACUAGAAGACCUACAAAUCAUCGGCCGCCUCCAGUUUCAUUGCCGUUUCACCCCGGGUAUCGACGAGUCCCACGAACAUUACGUCGUCGACAACCACUCCCGCGAGACGUACGAGACGUGGGAAGCGUGCAUCGCAGAAGGCGUACGACCCCGUAGCAUCUCCCUCGAAGUUCCCAAAGAAACGGAACAAAUGCACGAAAGAUCCCUAGUCGACGGCCGCGACGUCCUGAAGCACGCCGAUCCCAAAGAACGACGCCAAUGGAUCGACAAACAAGGUCAAGAUUGGAGCGGCGCGUUCGGCCACGAUCCAAGCGCCUUCAUGGAUCACGACGGCCAUGUAAUCGCCGAGCCCGGCCGUGACAAGCCAGCGUACUCCCCCGCUGAUGGCCACACCGUAGAGGCUGUACAUCCCGAGGACGAUGACGAGUCCUCUUCCGGCGAGUCCACAUAUGAAGGAGCCGAGCAACAACUGUCCACCUCCGAUGGCGCCCAGUCGUCUUCUUACGUCACGGAGCCUUCCACCACCGAGGAUAGUCUGGCUAGCCCAAGUAAAGAGGAUAAGCAGACGAAAAAGGCCAAUCGACGCAGUGAGCAGCGUCAGCAGCGCGGUCUGAUGCAGUGGAAACCAGCUCGGAAUGCGGUUUUUGCGCGUGAUGAGGCGAAGUAUGCGCUGCGAAAGGUGAGGAAAAGGUUCACUAGCGAUCUGACGGGGCGGGAACCCGAUAUUGAGACUGAGACUGGCAAUUGAGGUGUGUUUGCUGUAUGUAUAGCUGGCUCAAAUGUUCUCAUGAUUGAUGGUGCCGUUUUUGCAUGGUGUAUGGGGGGGUUUGUGGCGUUCUUUUGCUGUAUAUUAGGGCUUACACUACAUGAUUAUGUGCAAAUACAUGAACUGCGUUUCUCGGCGCAACAUGAAACAGACUAUCUGUAUACGAUGGUG